ACUUCUUUCUUACGUCUCGCGAAGUUUCAACCUGCUUCUUCACUUGUCAUUGCGACAAUACGGAAUACGGUAUAUUGGAAAAUACUAAAGCAUCUGUCUAUGAAAAGAAUCUGAGUAGUCUAACCGUGAAAUAUGUUUCUGCUAAAAUACCCUAUGCAAUACACAAGUUUUUGUUUGAAAAUCAUUUGCUGUUGGCCCAUAUCAAAGAACGCUUCAAAUUUGAGAAAAAAUUUCGAUUUUCUUCACUUUCUCUUCGUCAUCAGUGGAUUUAUUCUUAUCUCCAUUCAAGCAUUAGUGUACGCAAUAAUACAGGCGAACAAUCCUCAAGAAAUAAUUGAAACCCUUAGUACCCAGGUGAUAUAUUUGCAUGCAGCGGGUAAAGUGGGAAUCAUGCGGUUGCAUCGUCAUAAAUUUAGUCGACUCCUCCACGGAGUUGAGAGAGUUCAAACUACAGCCUCUGGAGAACUUCUUCGAUUAUAUAGUUCAACCUUUGUGGAAAAAAUCACAAUUCCUACCAACUGGGGCCUGGUAUCCCUUUGAUUACAAGAAAUCGACGUUUUUCUACACCCUGGCAUAUUUUCAACAAAUUAUAUGCAUUACGUUCAGUGGCUGCGCUAGUACUACUGAAAUCACCUUCGGUGUUUUUAUAUUCUUUGCCUGCGCGAGACUCAAAGUUUUACAGCGAAAAUUCCAGCAGCUUUCUGAUAAUUCAAACGGUAAUGAGAAGAUUUUAAGAAGAAGGAUCUGCAACUAUGUUCAACAACACUGCGACAUAUUACGCUAUAUCAAUGACGUCAACGAAACUUAUACCUUCAUUAUACUUGUGCUAUUCUUGUCAAUUCUUCUAACGGUUUGCUGUACAAGUUUUUUGAUAAUUAAUGUCACCGAACAUUCAUUGGACUCCAUUUUUAUAAAUUCCUUACUAAUGGUAGCUUCGGCUGUUCAACUGUUAUUCUACUACCUUCCAGGGCAUAUACUUAUUGAAGAGGCUAAAACAAUUGCAGAAUCUGUUUAUUACAGCGGUUGGGAAUCAUUAUCAAUAAAUUGCCGUAAAUUACUUUUACAAAUCAUGGUGUAUAGUGCAUCUCCUAUCAAUCUGCGGAACGGAAAAAUGGGACUUUUAAUCUUGGAGAAUUAUACCACAUUCCUCACCACUGCUGCAUCUUACUUGACGUCUUUGCGUUCAAUUGUGGGAACAGUGUAGCUUGCUUAAAAGGGAGCUCAACCUGGCGCAGUCAUAAAUGCUCCUAACUUCUCGUCAUCAAUGAAGUAUUUAUCAUUAUUUACUCGAAGAAGGUUAAGAUAAAAGGCCAUAUUAUGAGUCAGUAUCCUAUAUUAUGAGAUAGAAAAUGUAAUAUCUAAAUUUGAACUACAAAAUAAUACAUGCUACAAAUAAAAACAAUUAUUUUUAUAAUUGUGAA